GACAAUUUUGUGGACGUUCCCACCCGGAAGUAGCUAAAUACUCGAGGACACGUUUUUUCUUUCUGUUUUGUUCAUGCAUUUUAGAACAACAUCUAAUAAUAAUACUGCAGUUUUACAGCAGAAUGCUGUAAACAGUUUUCAGCAUUGAUACAGUCAUUUAGCAGACUUAUAACACAGCAAAAGAUGGAUGCUAUGGGUAUGUAGCUAACAGCCUCCUGUAGGUAGCCUAGUUAUAUAUGGCUUCAAACUUGCCGUGGACAUUGUAGCUAUUUUAGCACACAGUUUAUUUUUAUAUGAGGGAUACGUCUAUAUGGCCCCAGCUAGCUAGCUUUGCAACCUGGUCUCAGAGCAUGUCGUAUUGUUCUGUAUAUAAAUCAACACCUGCCGUUUAUUAUGAUAUGUUAAGUUUCGUAUGGUAUGUAAUCAUUUGUGGACGUCCAUUGGCCAUUUUGUAUGAUAUGUUACGAAGUACAAUAUUACGUAUUAUAUGUUACAUAUUUUCAAACGUACAAUAUGUUACGAAUUUGCAAGUGUAUGAUAUGUUAAGAAUUCUAGCUUGGUGGCUAACGUUAGCGUUAAGUUUAGGAGUUAGGUUAAAGGGUUUGGGGAAAGGUUAGCUAACAUACUAAGUAAUGGCAAAGUAGCUAAAAAGUAGUAAGUAGUUGAAAAGUUGAUAAAAUGCUAAAGUUGUCCUUGAUGAGAUUCGAAUUAGCAACCUUUGGUUGAUAGACAUUCGCAGUUCGGCGCGAGAUCACUGUUAGACGAUGACUUGUUUCUGCGCAUGAGCUUAGCUAGCCAACGUUGCCAUGACAUCUCCUACAAGCAAGAUCAGGGAUUUCUAUUGGAGAAGCAGUUAUCUUUAUACUGUACUGUCUUUGAUAUUACUGUACAUCCUUCUCUACACAAUAGAUUACCCCCUUCCUUUCUCCUCCCUGCGCCUUUUGGUCCCACCUCUACGGCUAUUGUCUGCAUUUAUGUGGCAGGUAGCGCAUCAGAGGGCCAUCAAGCACUAUGGAAAGUUAGAGGAGUUUGUGACAGUGGUUACACAAACUGUCCCAGAACUUAUAACUGACAGACAGAGGACAUUGCUUCUUCUGGCAUUAAGGGCAAGGUUGCAGCAAACAGUAUAUUUCAGGUUCAACACGAUUCUGCCGGCCUUCUUCGGUUACACACAGGUAACUCUUCAGCUGUUUCAAGGUGAGCAUCCAGGAGACCUCAACAAAAUUAAGAUCCAUCUUGACAGAUUCUCAUCCUGUGGUCUUUCACAGAAUAAUGAUGCACAGAUGCAUGAGUUGGAAGAAAACUUCCUCAAACUCACCAAAAACCUUCUUGAAGACCCAGUCGAGAGGAUCCAAUUCUUCAAGGCAGAUUUCCCUGUGGUGUAUGGCUGUGAUUUUGACAGAGCUUUGCAAGCACUUGUUUGUCAGUUCCUCUCCAGACUAGAAGAUCUGCUACCAGUGCCAGACCUUAAGCAGACUGCAUCCUGGCUCAGCGUUGUACCCUCUGCCUCGGAUGAGUGUCUGCAGUCUCUUUCUCACACAGAGGACCUGCAAUACCUGCUUCAGCACCACACAUGCUGUGGAAAGUUAGACAAACCAUUUCCCUCCUCGGCAGAAGACUGCAUCCUCGCUUCACUGUCCCUCCCUACCACAGUGGGAGUGGCAUAUACCUUAGAUGUCUUGCCUAACUUGGAAGGCUCUACCCAUGUAAGCAGAGAGAUGGAAACUUUGUCAGACAGCAGAGAUUCUCAACAGACAGAAUCAAGAGCACGUUUAGAUGGAAACCAGAACAGUAAAGAAGACAGAGUGUCUACCAUGGGUAGCGAUGAUGAUGAAUGCACAGAGAGAGGUGUGGAAGAGGAGAAUAAAAACACAAGUGCUGUGGGAAGGGUUAUUACCGAAGCAAAGGACCAGAGGAGAUGUGAAGGGGCUGUUGGGGACCUGUGUGCUGUUGGAGCACCAGACCUCGCAGCCAACUCUCCAAUGGUCACCUCCAGUGUGGCUCAAAAACCCUCAAUAUUUCCCGCCCAACUUACACUCAAAAGCAAAGGGGACCACGGAGUCAAUUCCUCCAAGAGAUCUAGAAAGAGCCCAGAAGGGAGGAUGGCUGAGUCCAGUGUGAACUCUGAUACACCUCUGCUUGAAUCCUCACAGGAAACGACUGGUGCUGAAGAAUCAAGACCAUUUUCUCCAGACCAUGAUGACACAGAAGAGGAAAACAACGAACCUGCUUCAGGGGAGUCUUCUCGGCUGUCUAGCUGCGCUGAACCACCACCUAGUGACGUAUCGCCAUCCUCGGAGACCCUUUCCAAAGCAUUGUCCACUGCACGGCGUAUUGCCAACAAGUGCUCCCAGUGUGGAAGGUGUUUUAUCUAUCCAUCUCAACUGGUUCAGCAUCAGCGAAUUCACACUGGAGAUCGACCCUACAAAUGCACCCAGUGCGGAAAGACUUUCAGUAAUUCAACUGGGCUUUCAAAACACCACCAAAAACACUGUCUAGACGCGACCUUCGAUUGCCCCAAGUGCGGAGAGAGUUUCAGAUCUCUCCGCGAGCGGUUCAAACACCUAUCUACUCACAAGUCCCUCAAAUGUCUGUUGUGUGGAAAGAGUUGCCAGACGACUUCUGAUUUGCGAAAGCACCAGCAAACACAUAGUGUGACGCCGUCGUUCAACUGCUCUCUCUGUGAAAAACGUUUCAAGUUCCUGUCGAGCCUAACCAGGCACAACAGGACCCAUUCAGUGGAGGGGGGGUACGCUUGUUCCAAGUGUGGGAAAACAUUUGGAUCUUUAAGUGAACGGCUCCAACAUAAGAGGACACAUAGGGCACAGCUCAACUGUACGGAUUGCGGACGGAGUUGCAGUUCCCGCUCCGAACUAAAGAGUCACCAGCAAACUCACUCUCGUGAACCUCUCUUCAACUGUCGACACUGUGAAGACAAAUUCUUUGGGUCAGUAGAGCUGAAGAUCCACCAAAAAACUCAUGCAGUGGACAAACCCCAUCAGUGUGAUGCGUGUGGAAAGUGCUUUGGUGCCUUAGCCACCCUUGUACUCCACCAACGGACGCACACGGGGGAGAAACCCCACACAUGUCCUCGUUGUAAUAAGCAGUAUAUCUCCAAAAGUCAGCUGACGUCACACAUGCGGACUCACACGGGCGAGCGUCCAUACAGCUGCUCUUACUGUGGGAAAUGUUUCUCGCAGUUAGCUAAUCUUACUGUGCACACAAGGAUUCACACGGGGGAGAGACCUCACAUCUGCUCUCGGUGCAAGAAAGGGUUUUGCUCAGUCGGUGACCUGCAGAAGCAUGAGCGCUCUCACACCAAAGAGAAACCUUACAGGUGCACAGUUUGUGGAAAGGCCUUCACAGUGUCAAGUCAUUUGACGGUUCACAUACGCAGUCACACAGGAGAGCGCCCCUACACCUGCCCUGAGUGUGGAAAGAGUUUUGCGCAGAGCUCUGUCUUAACUAAACAUCAAUUCACCCAUACAGGAGAGAGGCCAUACCCAUGCCAUCACUGUGUAAAAAGUUACACCCGUCUCACACACUUGAAGAGACACCUACAAACACACACUUGAGAGAGUCCGGUGUGUUUUCCUGUUUUGGUUUCUUUCUGAAAAGCGUUACCAUGGAUUGCUGUUUCACUGUCUGUCAAUGUGUUAUGCUGAAUAACGUCAAUGUAUAACUGAAAACCAUGCUCACCAUGCCUUUUUGUGAAACUGUAGUUUGUGUACAUUACUGCCAACAUGUAUGGAAAAUAAACAUUUCAAAAUAUAAAAUAACCUCUUUCAAGUUACAGUAUGUGUCAUAUAAAUGAGCCAUUUUAUGAUACUUUCUAGCUUGGGCCUGCUUCUCUCUGGAUGUUUGGGCCUGCUUCUCCCUGGAAGUUUGGGCCUGCUUCUCCCUGGAAGUUUGGGCCUGCUUCUCCCUGGAAGUUUGGGCCUGCUUCUCCCUGGAAGUUUGGGCCUGCUUCUCCCUGGAUGUUUGGGCCUGCUUCUCUCUGGAUGUUUGGGCCUGCUUCUCUCUGGAUGUUUGGGCCUGCUUCUCUCUGGAUGUUUGGGCCUGUUUCUCUCUGGAUGUUUGGGCCUGCUUCUCCCUGGAAGUUUGGGCCUGCUUCUCCCUGGAAGUUUGUGGUUUGAGUCAGUUUAUUUUGAAUGUAACAAAUGUCAGCAUAAAAACCAAUACAAAAACUGAGAAGACAAUAUUUGAACUUUGAAAUACAACUGUAUUUUUUUUCUUCUAUGCAAAUGAAAGCUGUUACAGUAGGCUUAAUUUAUUAUAUUCUACCUUACCUAUUCUAUAUGUAAUAAGCAUUUAGCUUAAUUAAAAACAAUACACAGAAACAG